AUGACCGAACAAAAGCAACCAGAGGUCGACCUUGCGACCCGAAUGCAGGUCGAUGAGUCUGUUGUCGGACACAACGAAAUCGACGAGUCCCUCUACAGCCGACAACUUUAUGUGCUGGGCCACGAGGCCAUGAAGCGCAUGGGCGCUUCUAAUGUGCUCAUCGUCGGUCUAAAGGGCCUCGGCGUGGAAAUUGCCAAGAACAUCGCUCUAGCUGGUGUCAAGAGCCUUACCCUCUACGACCCUGCUCCAGUCCAGAUUGCGGACCUCUCGUCCCAGUUCUUCCUCACACCCAGCGAUGUCGGAAAGCCCAGAGAUGAGGUCACUGUGCCUCGUGUCGCCGAGCUCAAUGCCUAUACCCCCGUUAAGCUUCACCAGUCUCCUGGCCUUGAUGGUGAACUUUCGCAGUUCGACAAGUACCAAGUUGUUGUUCUGACCAAUGCGCCUAUCCACCAACAAAAGGCUAUCGGCGACUACUGCCACAGCAAGGGCAUCUACGUCGUUAUUGCCGACACAUACGGUCUUUUCGGCUCCGUUUUCUGUGACUUUGGCGAGAAGUUCACUUGCAUCGAUCCUACCGGCGAGACUCCUCUUAACGGCAUAGUGGCAGGCAUUGACGAGGAGGGCUUGGUGUCUGCGCUUGACGAAACUCGACAUGGACUGGAAGAUGGCGAUUACGUGACAUUCUCCGAGGUGGAAGGAAUGGAGGCACUGAACGGAGCCGAGCCCCGAAAGAUCACGGUGAAGGGCCCUUAUACCUUUUCAAUCGGUGAUGUUUCUGGACUCGGUCAAUACAAGCGAGGCGGCAUGUACCAACAGGUCAAGAUGCCCAAGAUCAUCAACUUCAAGGACUUCACCACUGCGCUCAAGGAACCCGAGUUUCUUAUCUCGGAUUUUGCCAAAUUCGACCGACCUCAGCAGCUGCACCUCGGUUUCCAGGCACUCCAUGCUUUCCAACUCACUCACAAGCGACUUCCUAACCCCAUGGACGAUGAUGACGCUAUUGUUGUUCUCGGUGCCGCCAAGAAGUUUGCCGAGCAGGAGGGUCUGGACAUUGAGCUGAAUGAGAAGCUUCUGAAGGAGCUGAGCUACCAAGCCCAGGGUGAUCUUAACCCCAUGGCUGCCUACUUUGGUGGUAUUGUGGCACAGGAGGUCCUCAAGGCUGUUUCUGGCAAGUUCCAGCCCAUCAACCAGUGGAUGUACUUCGACUCUCUUGAGUCCCUGCCAACAUCUACCAAGCGAUCUGCGGAGCUCUGCAAGCCUAUCGGUAGCCGAUAUGAUGGACAGAUCGCUGUAUUCGGUACCGAGUUCCAGGACAAGAUUGCCAACCUGAAGCAGUUCCUCGUUGGCGCUGGUGCCAUUGGUUGUGAGAUGCUCAAGAACUGGGCCAUGAUUGGUCUCGGAACAGGACCCGAGGGCAAGAUCUGGGUGACCGACAUGGACUCGAUCGAGAGGAGUAACCUGAACCGUCAAUUUUUGUUCCGCGCCGAUGAUGUUGGUCAGAUGAAGAGUGACCGUGCUGCUCUUGCUGUUCAGCGAAUGAACCCUGACCUCGAGGGCCACAUGGUAACACUCAAGGAACGCGUUAGCCCCGAGACCGAGAAUGUUUUCAACGAGGAUUUCUGGCGAAACCUUGAUGGUGUCACCAAUGCUCUCGACAACGUUGAAGCUCGAACCUACGUUGACCGCCGAUGCGUCUUCUUCCAGAAGCCUCUUCUCGAGAGUGGUACUCUUGGAACCAAGGGCAACACGCAGGUCGUUCUGCCCCAUCUCACCGAGUCUUAUUCAUCCUCCCAGGACCCUCCCGAGAAGGAGUUCCCUAUGUGCACAAUCCGAAGUUUCCCCAACAAGAUCGAUCACACUAUUGCCUGGGCCAAGGAGUACAUGUUUGAGAAGCUUUUUGUCAAAGCUCCUCAAACUGUCAACCUGUACUUGACCCAGCCUCAGUUCAUUGAGAAUUCUUUGAAGCAGGGCGGUAACCAGAAGGAGACUCUUGAGACGAUUAGGAACUAUCUUACGACUGAGAGGCCACGAACGUUUGAGGACUGCAUUGCCUGGGCUCGUCAGUUGUUUGAGACUGAGUUUUCCAACAAGAUCCAGCAGCUCUUGUAUAACUUUCCCAAGGAUUCUGAGACCUCGUCUGGUACUCCUUUCUGGUCCGGACCCAAGCGAGCUCCCGAUGCGCUCAAGUUCGACCCCAACAACCCUUCUCACUUCGGGUUCAUUGUUGCGGCAGCCAACCUCCAUGCUUUCAACUACAACAUCAAGUCUCCUGGAACCGACAGGUCCAUCUAUCUGCGAGAAUUGGACAAUGUCAUCGUUCCCGACUUUACACCCAGUUCCAAUGUGAAGAUCCAGGCCGACGAUAAGGAGCCUGUGGAGCCCGAGUCGAGCAACUUCGAUGACAAUGACGAGAUCGAGAAGUUGACCACCAGCCUCCCAUCGCCCAGCUCUUUGUCUGGGUUCCAGUUGGUCCCUGUUGACUUCGAGAAGGACGAUGACUCGAAUCAUCACAUCGACUUCAUCACUGCUUGCAGCAACCUCCGAGCAGAGAACUACAAGAUUGAGCCUGCUGAUCGACACAAGACCAAGUUCAUCGCUGGCAAGAUCAUUCCCGCCAUCGCUACGACUACGGCAUUGGUUACCGGUCUUGUGGUGCUUGAGCUGUACAAGAUCAUCGAUGGCAAGGAUGAUCUAGAGCAGUACAAGAACGGUUUCAUCAACCUGGCUCUGCCUUUCUUUGGCUUCAGUGAGCCUAUUGCUAGCCCCAAGGUGGAAUACCAAGGUCCUGAGGGCAAGGUUACGUUGGAUAAGAUUUGGGAUCGGUUUGAGAUUGAGGACAUCACUUUGAAGGAGCUUUUGGAUACCUUCAAGGCCAAGGGUCUGACCAUCAGCAUGCUGAGCUCAGGGGUCAGCCUCCUCUACGCUUCAUUCUUCCCUCCUUCGAAAUUGAAGGAGCGUUAUGACCUCAAGCUGAGCCAGCUGGUUGAGACGAUCUCAAAGAAGCCUAUUCCUUCACACCAAAAGGAAGUCAUUUUUGAGAUGGUUGCUGAGGAUCUUGCUGAGGAGGAUGUUGAAGUGCCCUACAUCAAGGUCAAGAUGGCAUAA